AAUAAAGAGGGAAAUGGAUCCCAUUCCUGGGGCCGCUUCCCCAGAGCCGCAACCAGAAAUGUUACAGAUAAAUAAAGAGAGAGAAGAAUCGGAGACUGAAGAUGAUCAAAACCCAAUUGAAAGCUCAGCUCUACAAUCUGGUUUGGCUCUCUCCUGUUUGUUGUUAUUAGGUGGGAACAUGAAGGCUGAGCACAGUUCUGAACUGCCCAAACCAGAGACUGACUGGGAGUCCGGCACAAGAUCUGGCGAUUGCUUAACAAGCUCUGAUGUAUCAGGUUUUAUCUGCAGUAAAUGUGGGGAGACCUUCCCUUUAAAUAGUGAUCUUCUCACCCACCUCUGUGGGACACACAAGAGAAUCUACUCCAGAGAGAAACUAAAUUGUGGGGAAAAAAUUUCUUUAUUCCCUAGUUUGGUUGCGCACAAGAGAAUCCACACAGGGGAGAAACCGUUCACCUGUACAGAAUGUGGGGAAACUUUUAAGAAUGAGCACUACCUUCUCAGACACCAGAAAAUUCACACAAAACAAUUUGCCUGUACAGAAUGUUCGGAAAACUUUACUACAGAGAGAAGACUCCAAAUUCACCAAAUGAUUCACAUGGAAAAGGAUGAAUUUACCUGUACAGAAUGUGGGGAAAGCUUUAGUGCAAAGUCCACCCUUCGUGCGCAUGAAAAAACUCACACCGGGGUGAAACCAUUCACUUGUAAAGUAUGUGGGAAAUGUUUUAUUCACAAAACCGCUCUUAAAAAUCACGAGAGACUUCACAAAGGGGAGAGACCAUUCACUUGUACAGAAUGUGAUAAAAGUUUUUCUUUUCAUUCUGGUUUGGAUAAACACAUCAUAAAAAAGCACAGAGAGGACAAACCUUUCACCUCUUUAGAAUGUAGUGAGAAUGUUUCUUUAAAAGGCACUGAUAAAAUACCGUUCACCUGCACAGAAUGUGGGAAAAUAUAUACUCAAGAGGCAAAACUUAAAAUUCACCAAAGAAUUCACACUGGAGAGAAACCCUUCAUCUGCACAGAAUGUGGGAAAGGCUUUACUGCAAAGAGCUCCCUUGGAAACCAUCUGAGAUUUCACACCAGAGAGAAACAAUUAAGCUGUACAGAAUGUGAGAAGUGUUCUCCUGGAAAGUGGCAACUUUGUGUUCACCAGAGAACUCACACUGCAGAGAAACCAUUCACCUGUACAGAAUGUGGCAAAUGUUUUACUACACAGCGGCAUCUACGCAACCACCAGAAUAUUCACACAGGGGAGAAUCUUUUCACCUGUACACAAUGUUCGAAAACUUUUACUAAAAAGUGCGCCCUUCUCAGACAUGAAACAAUUCACACUGGAAAUGGGCCAUUCACUUGUACAUGUGGAAAAGUUUUUUCUUCAAAAUACACAUUUCACAGACACAAACAAAAUCAUACUAGAAAGAAACCAUUCACCUGUACAGAAUGUGGGAAAAGUUUUACUGGAAAAGGAGGCCUUGAAAUACACCAAAGAACUCACACUGGGGAGAAACCAUUCACUUGUACAGAAUGUGGAAAAGGUUUUUCUGAAAAGAGAACACUUAAACACCACCUCAGAACUCACACUGGUGAGAAACCAUUCAUUUGUACAGAAUGUGGGAAAUGUUUUUCUUUUGAGAUCUGCCUUAACCGCCACUACAAAACUCACACUCGAGAGAGACCGUUCAUUUGUACAGAAUGCGGGAAAAGUUUUUCUGACAAAAGUAGACUUCGAGUGCACCAAAGAAGUCACACUGGUGAGAAACCAUUCACCUGUACAGAUUGUGGGAAAUGUUUUUCUGUAAAGAGCAUCCUUAACCGCCACCGCCAAGCAAUUCACUCUGGAGAGAAACCAUUCAUUUGUACAGAAUGUGGAAAAGGAUUUGCUUCAAAGCAUUACCUUCAUGGACACAAAAGAACUCACACUGGAGAGAAACCAUUCAUUUGUACAGAAUGUGGGAAAGGAUUUGCUUCAAACUAUUACCUUCAUGUACAUAAAAGAACUCACACUGGAGAGAAACCAUUCACCUGUACAGAAUGACGGCAAAGGUUUUCUUUUUAAACUACCCUUUACAAAGACACAAGAGAUGGGAAGAAACUCAUAUGGGUCGCUGAUAAAUGGAAACGGUGAUAGAACAUCACUGCUAGAAGAUGACUUUAAACUCACAUUUUUGGCUAUAAAAUGGUUUCAGCUUAUGAAGGGCAAACAUGGCGCCCAACUCUUUACAGUUCAGAGAAUUAUCUAGCCCAAAAGAUACAGUGCGGUACCUUCUGCCAAGGAAAUGUUCCUGAGACUCGGCCUAUGUCCCUGCCGUCCCAUUGUUUCAGAUUAAUGGGCUGAUCAUAAAAGGAUUGUGCAGCUGUUGAGUAGGACGAGGGUUAUAAUCCCUUGGGGUGUCCCAUGAGCCGCCAGUUUAGCAGAUCAUUAUAAUGUACAGAAUGGAACCAUGAGGAUGAGUAGGAGAUGCUCAGAUGAAGGAGUGACUCUUUGCAAUUGCUGAUACAUGGCAGGUCUACUAGGAUUCACACAGUUACUACUGGGGGUAACAAUAGUGAUUGCUACAAAUGAGCAAGAUAUUGAAACCAAAUGACAUUUGUAUCUAAUGGGUUGAGGGAAAAGGGCAGUUUGGAUGUCACACCCCAAUAUUCCAAUCAUUUCCCUAAUAACCAUAACAUUGUAACCAUUAACCUGAACAGCAAAAUAGAAUAAAUGAAAUAAAGGACCAUAGAAUCUAAA